GCAACUCGUUCCUUGACAAGCUGUCCCCUGUUUGCGAACAUCCCACCAAAAGACGCUUAUCCUAAUGAUACCCUUAUCCAAUCCUGCACUUCCGACCAUUACAUGAUCUCGACCGUUCGUUUUGAGAUUGGGAUAUAGGCGUGUCAGGGUUAAGAGACCGUUUAUUCUGGUUCCCACUCGAAUGCUCCACGAGUCAGUCAAAAGAUGUUAAUAACCCGCUCGCGGUAGCAUCACCUCCGGUGCGCGACCUUUCGGAAACUGCCUCCCACCCGGUCAUAAGCAUACAACGCCCCCAUCUUUUUCGAUCUUCCCCUGUCUCGUUGUUAGGGUUUCUCCCGCUUUGUCCAUCCGUUCCCCGAACCCCUCCCGCGAUCUCCUGCUCGCCUGCGAUCGCGGAGAUGGACGAGGGGAGCAAGAGGACGGCGAGCUUCCGCAUGGCCCCCUCCGGCGGCCGCUCCUCCCUGGGUGCGCCAGCCUUCUCCGGCGGUCACUCGGCCUCCACCAGCGGCAGUGCGGGUUCGCCUUCCAGCCGGAGUGAGCCGACGGAGACGAAUCCCGCCAGUGAGAGCGCCUUGGUCAGGCUGAACCACCUCGAUAUCCAUGGGGGCGACGAGGGAACGCCCGUGGGGGCCGUCAGUGGUAAAAAGAAAAAGAGGGGUGCACGAGCGGUUGGAGGUGAUAAAAGUGGUAGGGGACUCCGACAGUUUAGCAUGAAAGUUUGUGAGAAGGUGGAAAGCAAGGGAAGAACCACUUAUAAUGAGGUUGCAGAUGAACUUGUAACUGAAUUUACUGAUCCCAAUAAUAAUCCGGGAUCUCAAGAUCAGGUAGCUAACUAUGAAGAGAAAAACAUACGGCGGAGGGUAUAUGAUGCACUGAAUGUCCUCAUGGCAAUGGAUAUUAUUUCUAAAGAUAAAAAAGAGAUACAGUGGAAAGGUUUACCUCGUACUAGUUUAAAUGAUGUUGAAGAAUUGAAGGCAGAACAGAUUGGAUUGAAGAAUAGGAUUGAAAAGAAAACUGCAUAUUUGCAGGAAUUGCAAAAUCAAUUCAUAGGUCUCCAAAGUUUGGUCCAACGGAAUGAACAGCUACAUGGUUCAGAACAUGUUCCAUCAGGCGGUGUUGCUUUACCUUUUAUCUUGGUCCAGACUCGGCCACAUGCAACAGUAGAAGUGGAAAUUUCAGAAGAUAUGCAAUUGGUGCAUUUUGAUUUUAACAGCACGCCCUUUGAGCUACACGAUGACUCAUACGUGCUCAAGGCAAUGGGAUUCUGUGAAAGAGAGCAGCAUGAUGGUGCUCUGGAGCCUAGUUCCAGUGGCGGUGACUGUUCUAGCAUGAUCGGCAUGCAUCAGUAUCAUACUUGGCAACCAUCAAGGCCGAGUUCCAUGGUUAGAAUGACAACUUCCCCUCCUAAACCUGGAAUCCUAAAAGCACGCGUGAAGAACGAACAUUGAGCUGCCCUCCAAUGUUGUCUCGGCGUGUUCCUUUUCUCUCCAUUGGCCAUUUCUUUUCAUGUCAUUGUGAUGUAAUUUUGUAUUAUCUUACGUCGCUCUCUCAAUGUAAUUGGUUGCAGCAGAGUUCUAUAGCAAUUUGUAUGCACUGGAAAUGUUUGUAUUUUAAUUAUUUCAUUCUGAUUGUAUGUCGACUCUUUCCAGUUAGAAAGCUCUCAAUCCAUAUUGUGGCUUCGAUUCA